UUCCUUUAUCACUAGCUACUUUUUAUUUGGAGAGUGAGAUCAUUUAAAACACAUCAUUACAAAAAAUUAUGAAAUUAUGAAGUCUGGAAUUCUGUUUGCUGCUUUUGUUUGUUUUAUCCAAACUGUGAGAUGUGCAGAUCCCGACAUCUUUCUAAUAUUUAAUGAAAAUCACCGUAAGUGUGUGGAUGCAAAAAGUGAACAAACUGUGGAAAUGAGUGAUUGUGAUGUCACUGCAAAGUCACAGCAGUUUAGGUGGGUUUCUGGUCAGAGGCUCAUGAACAUCAAGUUCACAAUGUGCCUUGGAGUUCCCAGCAAAGUAAACUGGGUGCCAGUAACUCUGUAUCAAUGCAACAGCAGCAGCGAUCUGCAGAGCUGGAUAUGCGGGAAUGACACCCUGCUGAGUAUUGAGGGGGCUGACCUCCACUUCAAUUAUGGAAACAAAAAUGAGAAAAAUAUAAUGCUGUACAAAGGAUCGGGCUUUUGGAGCAGGUGGAAAGUUUUUGGCACCAAAAAUGAUCUUUGCUCAAAGCACUAUGAAGAUUUGUUUACACUAUAUGGUAAUUCAAAUGGACAACCCUGUGUUAUUCCUUUCAAAUAUCAAAAGAAGUGGUAUACAGAGUGUACCACUGAUGGCAGAACUGAUGGGUUCCAUUGGUGUGCAACCACCUCAGACUAUGCAGAUCACAAGUGGGGGAUUUGUCCUAUGAAAUCUAACCUCUGCAAUUCUUUCUGGAGUAAAGAUUCUUUAACGAGCAAAUGUUAUCAAGCCAACGGUCAAUCAGCUCUAACAUGGCAUGAAGCAAGAAGAAGUUGUCAGCAACAAAAUUCUGACUUGUUGAGUGUGACGGAAUUGCACACACAGACAUUUCUGUCAGGCCUGUUGCAAAAUCUAAGAACACCACUGUGGAUUGGACUAAGCACCCAGGAUUUCGAGAGCGGGUGGCAAUGGAGUGACCAAAGCCCCUUCAGAUACUUGAACUGGGCUCCUGGUCAUCCGUCAUCUGGCAGGGAAGACACAUGUGUGGCCUUGAAUCCAUCAGUGGCAUCAAAGUGGGAAAGCAAAGAUUGUUCUCUGAAACUGGGAUAUAUUUGUCAAGGUAACACCAAAGCUUUGAAGACUGUUCCACCUCAAGUGAUCAAUGUACCCAUUUCUUGCCCAAAUGGAUGGCUCAAGUAUGCCGGUUAUUGCUAUAUUCUACACAGAGAUCGCAAGACAUGGCAGCAGUCUUUAAGAGCUUGUCGAAAGGAAGAAGGAGAUCUAGUUAGCAUUCAUAAUAUUGAAGAGCAGAGCUUUAUCAUUACUCAGUUUGGAAUUUCAUCCACUAAUGAGGUGUGGCUUGGAUUGAAUGACCUUAAGUUGUCAAUGUUGUUUGCAUGGUCAGAUGACUCGCCUGUGACCUUUACUGCUUGGAGCUAUCAAGAACCGAGUCACCUUAGUAAUAGGGAUGAGGACUGUGUCAUGAUGAAUACAACGAGUGGUUAUUGGGCAGAUCAACUCUGUGAAAUGGAAUAUGCAUAUAUUUGUAAACGAAAACCACUUCCAAAUAAACCGGGGCAGAAGCUGGACAUUCCUGCAGAAGAAGGAUGUCAGAAGGGUUGGAAGAGAUAUCAGACGUUUUGCUAUCUGAUUGGACAAACAGUAAAGACGUUCAGUGAUGCAAAUAACAUGUGUCAAAAUCAGGGAGCGACCCUUGUUAAUGUUCAAGGAAGAUUUGAACAAGCUUUCCUGACAAGCUUAAUUGGUCUGCGACCUGAGGCAUAUUUUUGGAUUGGAAUAAAAUCUGAUGCAAAUAAUGAAGGGACUUUCAAAUCGGUGGAUGGGAAGCCAAUAUCAUUUACACACUGGAACAUUAAUAUGCCAGGGAGAAAAGUUGGAUGUGUUGGUAUGGCAACUGGAAAUGCUGCUGGGUUAUGGGAUGUCCAUGAUUGUAAAACCAAAGCAAAAUAUAUCUGCAAAUCCUGGGCAGCUGGCGUGACACCUCCUCCAUUCAUUCCAACAACUCCUGCUUCAGCUUGCGCAUCAGGAUGGAAAACAUAUGAAAACUCCAAAUACUGCUACAAAGUUUUCAUAAAAUCACCACAGUUUAGGAAAUCGUGGUUUGAAGCACGUGAUUAUUGUCGAAGCAGAGGAGCAGAUCUAAUUAGCAUCCACAAUAACGUUGAAGCUGAUUUUAUCUGGAAUCAACUUGUGUCAGUUUUAGCUAAUUCCCCUGUGUGGAUCGGACUAAGUAAGCCAGGCCCAAAUUCAGGAUUUGUUUGGAGUGAUGGCAGUCCAGUAGGCUAUGAGAACUGGAGUGCUGGAGAGCCCAACAAUUAUCGUGGGGUUGAGAACUGUGGUCAAGCAGGAACAAGUCAUUUGCGAUGGAAUGACUUGCAUUGUGAAGCCUUAUGUGACUGGAUAUGCAAAAUUAAAAAAGGAAAAUCUGUAAAGCCUGAACUAAAAACUGAACUUACAGGAUCUUUAACAACUGACGAUGGCUGGAUAAUAAAUGGCGAUUCUCAGUAUUAUGUUAAUCAAGAAGCAAUGCCAUGGGAUGAAGCAAGGGAAUUCUGCAAGAAGGGGUUUGGCGACCUUGCUGUAAUCAGCAGCGCUUCUGAAAGAAUGUUUUUGUGGAAAUUGAUUUUGAAAUAUCCCAACAAUCAAUAUUUUUUUGGCUUGCUUGUGGGUCUUGACAAAACUAUAAAGUGGAUCGACAAUUCUCCUGUUGUUUAUCUUGCCUGGGCCCAGCAUGAACCUAAUUUUGCAAAUAAUGAUGAAAACUGUGUUACCAUGUACACACACAUGGGAUUUUGGAAUGACAUGAACUGUGGCCACCCAUUUCCUUCUAUAUGUGAAAGAAGUAACAGUUCAAUUAAUACUACACAAACUCCCACUGAGGCCCCUGGUCUGGGAGGAUGUCCUACGGACUGGAAACCAUUUGGAAAGAAGUGUUUCAUGUUUUAUGGUAAAAAAGAAGAGGACCAUUUGUCCUGGAGUGCUGCAAGAGAUGUUUGCAUAAAUAAUGGAGGAAAUCUGGCAUCAAUUCAAAGUGCUAAAGAACAGGCAUUUAUUACUUUGUCCCUGGCCGACUUUCCUGUGGAUGUCUGGAUUGGAUUAAAUGAUAUUAAUAGUGAGGGUAGAUAUCUCUGGACUGAAGGAAAGGGAGUAUUCUAUACCAACUGGGCCAAAGGUUUCCCUACAGGAAAAGUGUACACCUAUGAUAAUCCGCAAUCUGACUGCGUGACUGUGAGUGUAACUGCAAAGAAAAUUGGUGGCCUCUGGAAGGAUAACUACUGCCACAUCAAAAGAGGCUUUAUAUGUCAGAAGUAUAAAGAUCGUGCAUUAAGCAUGAAGCCCACGAGUGCUCCUGGACCAAAUUACUUUCAAUAUGCCAACAGUUCAUAUAAAACUAUUACAGUAAAGUUGAAAUGGCAAGAUGCACGCAAAGUAUGUGAAGCAGAAGGUGCCCAGCUUGUCAGUAUUAGGAAUGCCUUUGAGAAUGCCUUCCUGAUGUUAGAUGCAAAUAAAGUUGGAGAAAAACUUUGGAUUGGAUUAAAUGCCAAUGAGACUGCAGGACAGUAUAGAUGGAUUGAUGGGUGGAAACUGCACUAUUCCAACUGGGAUGUUGGAGAGCCCAAGAACAAUAAUGAAUGUGUCUUCAUUGAUCUGAAUGGACGGUGGAAAACCUCAAACUGCAACAAUGAGUCAUAUGCCACUUGUAAAAUAUCUUCUGAGCCUGUGGUUACUGAGCCACCUCAACUCCCUGGAAAGUGUCCAGAAACACUGACCCAAUCCUGGAUCCCAUUCCAUGGCCACUGCUAUUUCUUUGAAACAGCAACUAAAAAGCCCUGGCCCUCUGCCAGCCUUGACUGCAUUCGUUAUGGAGCUUCAUUAGUAAGUAUUGAUGAUACUCCAGAAAGCACCUUUUUGCUACAUACAACAGAAAUCAUGGCCGACAAGUCACCGACCUUCUGGAUAGGAAUGUAUAGGAAUAUUGAAGGUGCUUGGUUAUGGAUAGAUAACAGUGUGGUGGAUUUUGUAAACUGGAAUAAAGGAGAGCCUUCAGAUCAUAAACAGGAAGACUGUGUUGAAAUGUAUUCGCAUAUAGGUACCUGGAAUAAUGCUCCAUGUUCAGCUUAUAAAAAUUACAUAUGCAAAAUGCCUAAAAUUGUGGAAGUAACUGAGGCAUCAUCACAACUGGAAGUUUCCCAGCCAAAAGAGAAUCCAUCUUACAACUCCACAGGGAUUGUGGUGGUACUGGUUUUUGUCGUCAUUCUACUUGUGGUUCUUGGAGGCUACUUCUUUCAAAAGUACAGGAGGAAGACCACAGGUGGACCCACAACAUUUGAUAACACUCUUUACUUCAAUAGAGAGUCUACAUCUGGAUCCUGUGAUAUGAAAUCUCUUGUGCCAAAUAUAGAAUCAAAUGAAUAGUAUGUAAUGUAGUUUACUAAAAGUUUUUGAAACAUAUAGAAAUAAAUCUACUAUGAACUGCAUGCAGUUAUACUGGAAAUCAAUGUUAGCAAUGUACUUGGCUGAUGUAUGUUUUUGCUGCAAUAUUUUGCACUGGACUCCAUGAUUAUUCUUGUGUACUGUUUACCGUCAUUUUAUGAGAAGUACAUAUAUUGAUUACUUAUGUUUAUUAAAGGUCAAUUUUCAGAUAUAAACUCUUAGAAUUAAUGUUUAGUGGUUUAAUAAUUCUACUAUUUCAAUAAUAUACUUUGCAUCUGUAAAUAGGAAAGAACUGAAUCUUAUAGCUUCAGGGUAUGACUCUCUGACAAAGAAAACACUGGAAUGAUAUUUUUAGGUGCUUGACCUACUGCAAAAAUGUGUUGUAAUUAUCUGAUUAAUAAUUCCAAUAAAGAAAGUGUGCAAAAAAAGAACACAUAACUGUUAAAAGCCUAGGUUCUGGAGAAAACAGUAACAUCAGCUCAAAAAUUGUCUGUUUACCAUCAUCUGCUUCUUUAUUUUUAAUAAUAUAUACAUACAUAUUAUUAACUCUUAUUUUGUGAACUUAAAGACAGCAAAAUAACUUGAAUAUGCUAUCUGCGGUUACUUUCUAUUCUGUUCAUUAUUUAUGAAUAAUCUGGUGAUCAUACAACCAAAAUAGACCAUUAUAGACAAAAUGCAGAAUUCCAGUCAGGUGUAAACAGUUUAUCAUUGGCACAUUUCUAGAGAGAACAUGAAGGCAAAAGUUUGGAUGUUCAUACAGAUUAAAGCAAGUCAGGGGAAGUCAAUUAGAGCUUGAAUAUAUUAUGUAUAACUAAUAAAAUCUGGAAAAAGAAGGAAGCAGUGUAUUUAUGUUCCUGGAUAUAUAGAAGACACGUUGUUUUUAAUAUGAACAGAUUUGGCGAAUUUCUGGCACGGUGAAAGGGAUAAAUGUGUUAUUCAUUUUUGAAAUUGGAUUAUUAUCAAAUUAUGAUUUCUGUAGCCUGUGUAUGUAUAAGGAAUGAAUUGAUUUAAACAGCAGUAACAAGAAAAUAAAAUUUAUCAUCUAUAGACAGCUUGGGUACAAUUUUUCUUUUCAUGUUAUUGUGCUGUACAAUUUAUAAAUCAUGCUAUCUAUUCUGAACAGAACACGAUACUG